ACUCAUAUCAAUCGUGAUUUCGCAAUUCGCAUCUCCCUCGCCUCCGAAAAACGACUUGUCUGGCGUUGGGCGAUAUGGUACGGAGGCUGUGGUAAUUUUGAGGAGAUUAAAAAAAGCUCUUAUCCCAAUCAGGUAUUGAACGUGGCUAAAUGGAGUUAGCGGAUCGAGCAGUGGGGCUUCUGUUAUCUUCAAUCAGCUUAUCCAUAUUCACCUACUAUACUUUCUGGGUCAUCAUCCUCCCAUUUGUAGAUAGUGAUCACUUCAUCCACAAGUACUUCUUGCCCCAAGACUAUGCCAUUCUCGUACCUGUCUUUGCCGGCGUGACUCUCCUCUCUCUCCUUUCCGUGUUCAUCGGCAUGGUCAUGCUCAAAUCCAAAAAGAAGAAGGCUUGAUUUUUCGACCUUAGCUUCAAUAAUAGUUCAGUUCGUGGUUCCUUAACGUUGUUCUUACUUUUUGUUAAACCUUAUAUCAUAUGUCUAUUGAGAGGUUUACGUUAAAACCUUAAAUGGCGUCAAGUGAUUUAAUGGGAAAAAAAUAAAACUUACAAUUCA